AUUUCUUUAUCCCUCCACCACAACAACCACUAUGGCCUUUCGCACGACAACCUCUCGGCUCGCCGCCGGUGUCUUGAGCAGCAGCCGCAGCCACGCCUUCCGCCAAACGGCUCGGUUGACCACGGCAUCGCUUCCCUCCAUCGCUCGCAGCACACUGGCUCGGUCGUUCGGUCCGUCGACCCACAAGAAGUCCCUGUCGCCUGCCGCCCAAUUCGUCCGCGCGUACUCGCAGACGGCAGUGGUGCGUGGGUUGGACAAGCCCAAGACAUCUCUGCUACUGGAGACAAACGACGGCCCCGGUUCCCUCCAGGACGUGCUCAAGUUCUUUUGGAAGCACGACGUCAACAUGGUACGCAUCGAGAGCCGCCCGACCAAAGGCCCGGCCCCUGACUACGCGUUUUACAUCGACUUUGACGGCCGACCGGGCGAGACUGCCGUGGACGACCUCUUGGACGACCUCAAGCGCCAUUGCAAACAGAUCCUCGUGCUCAACGACAAGAAGGUGCCAUGGUUUCCCCGCAGAAUCAACGAUUUGGACUUGACGGUUAAGACGUUGGAUGCUGGGGAAGAAUUGCAGAGUGACCACCCUGGUUUCUCGGACCCAGUAUACCGAGCCCGUCGGGACCAGUUGACGGAGAUUGCCGUCAACUUCCGCCAAGGCCAAACCAUUCCUCGCAUCGAAUACACGGAGAACGAGAUCAAGACGUGGGGCGUCGUGUACGACCGCAUGGAAGACAUGUGGGCCAAGUACGCGUGCGACGAGUUCAAGUACAUUUUGCCGCUGUUGGAAAGCAACUGCGGCUACGGGCGCGACAAUAUUCCGCAGGCUCAAGACAUUUCCGACUUUUUGAAAGAAUGCACAGGAUUCACGCUGCGCCCUGUGGCGGGUCUGCUCUCGGCGCGCGAUUUCCUCAACGGUCUGGCCUUCCGCGUCUUUUUCUCCACGCAGUACCUCCGCCACCACUCGGUGCCGCUGUACACCCCCGAGCCGGACAUUUGCCACGAACUGAUGGGCCACGCGCCCAUGUUUGCCGAUCCGGAUUUUGCCGACUUUUCGCAUGAGAUUGGGCUAGCGUCGCUAGGCGCGUCAGACGAAGAGAUUGAACGGCUGGCCACGUGCUACUGGUUUUCAGUGGAGUUUGGUGUGUGCAUGCAAAACGGCGAAAAGAAGGCGUACGGCGCGGGGCUGUUGUCGAGCUUUGGUGAACUCGAAUACGCGUGCUCUCCGACCCGACCGGCGGGCGGCGAAGCUGCGUUCCCCGAGUACCGCCCGUGGAACCCCGUGGACGCCGCCAAGCAAAAGUACCCGAUCACGACGUACCAGCCCGUGUACUAUGUGGCCGACAGCCUCGCGGAUGCCAAGGCCCGCAUGCGCGAGUUCACAGAAGACAUGAAGAAGCCCUUCUACGCGCGCUACAACCCAUACCAGCAGACGAUCUCUGUCGACCGAGCCGUGUCGGUUCAGUCCAAACAAUUGUACUAGAUGCUAACAGAUGGAUGCACGACGCGUAAACCAACCAAACUACAUACUGUAGUUGUGAAUUUGAAUCGUUGUAGCUGGGGUUAAUUGAACGUAUUUGAUAUGAUUGUACAGUAGUUUUGAG